GCUACAUAGCAUUGGAAGGUUUAGCCUACUAGCUUUCUUGGAUUCUUGGGUCUUCUUAAAGUGAUAAUGCAAAUGAAUUCUCAAGUUAAUUUUUCGAGCAUAUCUGCCAAUCUCAACUCCAUCCCUGUCCUAAAUGGUACUAACUUUAAGGAAUGGAAAGAAAAUAUUCUAAUAACUUUGGGCUGCAUGGAUCUUGACUUAGCAUUAAGGGUAGAGCAACCCGCUUCUCUUACGGAUGCUAGUACCCAAGAUGAAAAAAGGUACUAUGAGAAGUGGGAUCGCUCGAAUCGCUUAAGUCUUAUGAUCAUAAAGCGUGGCAUUCCAGAAUCUUUUAGGGGUGCUGUAUCCGAUGAGGUUACUAAUGCCAAGGAUUUCCUUUCUGAAAUUGAGAAACGUUUUGUUAAAAGCGAUAAGGCGGAAAUCAACAUGUUGUUAAAAGACUUUACUUCCAAAAGGUAUUCAGGAAAAGGAAAUAUAAGGGAGUAUAUUAUGGAAAUGUCUUAUAUUGUUUCUAGACUCAAGACACUUAAGAUUGAGAUAUCGGAAGAUGUUCUCGUACACAUAGUCUUGAAC